UCACGUGGCCGCGGCGGAAGGAUGCGUCUGUGGUGCGUCCCAACGGAGGAGGAGUCUAUAAAGGUCCCGCGGCCGGCGCGACGCGGCCAUUUCUGCUCCGCCCGCUUGUAGAUGUAGUUUCCUUCGCGGCGCGCGCCUUUCCUCCUCCCCUCCCGCAGGGUCCGGGGCCACCAUGGCGUAUUAGAGGCAGCAGUGCCUGCGGCAGCGUUGGCCUUUGCAGCGGCGGCAGCAGCACCAGGCUCUGCAGCGGCAACCCCCAGCGGCUUAAGCCAUGGCGCUUCUCACAGCAUCCAGCAGCAGCGUUGCUGUAACCGACAAAGACACCUUCGAGUUAAGCACAUUCCUAGAUUUCAGCAAAGCCCUGCAACAUGACCGAGAUGAGCUUCCUGAGCAGCGAGGUGUUGGGGGGGGACUUGAUGUCCCCCUUCGACCAGUCGGGUUUGGGGGCUGAAGAAAGUCUAGAUCUCUUAGAUGAUUACCUGGAGGUGGCCAAGCACUUCAAACCUCAUGGGUUCUCCAGCGACAAAGCUAAGGCGGGCUCCUCCGGAUGGCUGGCUGUGGAUGGGUUGGUCAGUGCCUCCAACAAUGGCAAGGAGGAUGCCUUCUCGGGAACAGAUUGGAUGUUGGAGAAAAUGGAUCUGAAGGAGUUUGACUUUGAUGCCCUUUUGAAUUUAGAUGACCUGGAAACCAUGCCAGAUGAGCUUUUGGCCACGUUGGAUGACACGGGUGAUCUCUUUGCCCCCCUAGUCCAGGAGACUAAUAAGGAGCCCCCCCAGACAGUGAACCCAAUUGGCCAUCUCCCAGAAGGUUUAACAAAAGCCGACCAGGUUGCCCCUUUCACCUUCCUGCAACCUCUUCCCCUUUUCCCAGGGGUCCUGUCCUCCACUCCAGAUCAUUCCUUUAGUUUAGAGCUGGGCAGUGAAGUGGAUAUCUCUGAAGGAGAUAGGAAGUCAGACUCCACUGCUUACAUUACCCUGAUUCCUCAGUGUGUAAAGGAGGAAGACACCCCCUCAGAUAAUGACAGUGGUGUUUGUAUGAGCCCAGAGUCCUAUCUGGGCUCUCCCCAGCAUAGCCCCUCUACUGCCAGUGGCUCUCCAAACAGCCUGCCAUCUCCAGGCGUCCUUUGUGGCUCUGCCCGCCCCAAACCAUACAGCCGUCCUGGAGAGAAGAUGGUAGCAGCAAAAGUAAAGGGUGAGAAGCUGGAUAAGAAGUUGAAAAAAAUGGAGCAAAACAAGACUGCGGCCACUAGAUACCGCCAGAAGAAAAGGGCAGAGCAAGAAGCGCUUGCUGGUGAGUGCAAAGAGCUGGAGAAGAAGAACGAGGCUCUGAAAGAGAAGGCGGAUGCCCUGGCCAAGGAGAUCCAAUACCUGAAGGAUUUGAUUGAAGAGGUCCGCAAGGCAAGGGGAAAGAAAAGGGUCCCUUAGGGUAGUCAGGAGUGUUGUGCUUGUACAUAGGAGUGUCAUGUGCUGAAGCUGUGUGUUGUAAUAAAUUAUUUUGUAGUGGAAGUACUUCA